CCAUAACACCGUCCAGCUUCGUUUUCGUCCCUCCAGCUUUGGUUUGUCUUCAUUGGCCUUCCUGUCGCGCCCGAUUACUGUUUUCCGAGACAGUCAUAGAAGGCUGUUUCCCUCUUGGUAUCAGCUGUUUUGGGUGCCCGUAGCCAUUCCACAGCCCACCGCCCUUCUCAAACCAUAAACACCACUUGUGGGAGGUUUUGCUUAUCAUCCGGCCGACAUUCGGUGACAUUCCGUGUUUCGAGACGCAGCCUUUUCUCCGGAAAUCAACUGGAGCCGUCUGCAAAACCACUCAUAGCCCAACAUGUCGACCUCUGAGAAAGAUGUCAAGGCGGGCGUAGCUGUCGACCCUUCUAUUGAGGUCGAAUACGCGAGCGACCCCGAUAGAAGCGGGUUUGACCAGGCCGCCACAAAGAGACUUGUUCGAAAGAUCGAUUGGACUCUGAUUCCAUUCCUUGCCUUGUUGUAUUUGCUGUCCUUCUUGGACCGCACCAACAUCGGUAAUGCUAGACUGGCUGGUAUCGAGGCGGAUCUCGGCAUGAGGGGCCUUGACUACAACGUGGCUCUGUCUGUAUUUUUCCCCUGGUAUGUCGCCGCUGAGAUACCCUCCAACUUGGCCAUGAAGCGCUUCCGCCCUUCUAUCUGGAUCCCUUCCAUCAUGAUCGCUUGGGGCGUCUGCUGCACCCUUAUGGGUGUUGUUCAUAACUUCCCGGGUUUGUUGGCCGCUCGCAUGGCUCUCGGCCUCGCCGAGGGUGGUUUGUUCCCGGGUAUCACCUACUACAUCACCAUGUGGUACCGACGCCACGAAUGUGGUCUUCGCAUGGCCAUCUUCUUCUCUGCUGCCACUGCUGCCGGUGCUUUUGGAGGUCUUCUUGCUCGAGGCAUAGUCGAGAUGGACGGAGUCGGAGGUAGACCCGGUUGGGCGUGGAUCUUCAUACUAGAGGGAAUCAUCACUUUCGCUGUCGCUAUCGCCGCCUUCUUCAUAAUGAACGACUACCCCGCCACUGCCAAGUUCCUAACCGUUGCCGAGAAGGAGGAGGUCACUCGUCGCCUGGAACAGGACCGGUCUGCCCUUGCCGAUGAGUUUAGCAUGGCCUACUUCAAGGAUGCCAUGAAGGACUGGAAGAUUUGGGUGCACAUGUUCAUCACCAUCGGAGUCUACACCCCGCUGUACUCCUACUCCCUCUUCCUCCCAACCAUUGUUAGCGGACUCGGAUACACCAACGAGACGGCCCAGCUGAUGACCGUACCCCCGUACAUUGUGGCCUGCGUAUGCUGCAUUGGCGGCGGUUGGCUGGCUGAUCGUCACCGACAGCGUGGUAUCUACAUGAUAUUCUUCUGCCUUGUAGGUAUGGCUGGCUUCGUCAUGCUACUCUCUUCCGAGAGCAACGGGGUCAAAUAUGCCGGUUGCUUCUUCGCUGCCUCCGGUAUCUACCCCAACGUCCCCCAGGGAGUCGCGUGGAACGGCAACAACAUUGGAGGCUCGGUCAAGCGAGGCGUUGGUAUCGCUAUGCACGUCGGUUUCGGCAACCUUGGUGGUGCCAUCGCCGGUUUCCUCUAUCAGGCAAAGGACAAGCCCCACUACUACCCCGGCCAUGGCACGCUCUUGUCGACGUUGACCAUGUCCAUGUGUCUUUCAAUCUUCAUGACUAUCUACCUGCGCCGCGAGAAUGCUCGCCGGGAUCGCGAGUACAAAGACCCUGCUCAGUACACGGCCGAGGAGAAGGCCGCUGAGCGUCACAAGGGCGACAACGCCACCUUUUUCCGAUACACAGUCUAGUGGAUCCAAGGUGUUUGGAACAUUUGCAGCGUGUUUAUUUGAUUGGUUUCUUGACCAUAAGAAAGAAGGGACACAGCUGGUAACCAAGGCUGCAAUUUAAACUACUUUGACGUUUCCCU